AAGAGGAAACUACUAUUAUUUUUUGAAAGGUUAAAAUAAUAUUUCGGCUCGUAUUCUUAGAGAUAUAACCACAUUCUCGUAUAUUAUACGGGUUGCAGACCAAGAGCUAAGCUAAGUUAGUUUAGCUUCGCUCGCAUAGCUGACGCAGUUUUCCAUACUUGUGUGCAGACCACAAACUAUGUGACCUAACUAAAGUAUGCGAAGCUAAGUUAGUUGUGUAUGCCGAUGCGCAGCUACACGAGCUAAGCUAAGCCCCGCACACCAUUUGCACAUCCUUCGCCACACUGACUGAGCUUUGGCUUAGCUGUUGGUGUGCACGCUAUUUAUUUCUAACUUAGCUUAGCCUAGCUUGCUUGGCAUAGCUUAGUUUUCGGUCUGCAACCGGCAUAAAGAUUGAUGGAUAGCGCCCAAUAUGAGAUAGAAUCAAAUUAUGGACCCUAGCUCUUAAUUGCUGCAUAUGCAAUUGCCCUCCCUCACAGGGACGCCAUGGCCACGUGACACGUCACUACGUAUCCAAACAAUUAGUAUUCACAUGUAUGGCGCCUCACUCACUUGGCGACGGUUUGGCAACGUCGCCAAUUUGGAAGUGUAGCCAUGACGACGGGUCAUUUGGGUGGAGACGUCGCCAACAAAUGUAUGCGAGCAAGUUGCGUCUCACUCACUCGGUAGCCAACGGUUCGCCAAGCAAGACGCCAAAUUCGCGCUCAUUGCAAUAAGAUAGCGAAAAAUGAGUUUCGAUACUGAGAGAUUCAUCGUAGAAAUUCAGAAUCGUCCCUGUUUAUGGGAUGCCUCGUUAUCUGAGUAUUCUGAUCGUAAUAUGAAAAUUAAAUGUUGGGAAGAAAUAGUAGAUACCUUUAAAGAACAAGAUAAUCUUACGGUUCAAGAAAAACAACAUUUCGCUGAAUCGUUGCAGAAAAGGUGGAAAAGUAUCAGAGGUUGCUACACAAGAGAAGUUAAUCGGAAAAAAUCUGUAAAGUCUGGGUCGGGCUGCGGAUCACGCAAAAGUGAAUACAUUUAUUAUAAACAAUUACAAUUUCUUCAAAAAGUUGUUUCUAUAAGAGCGCCAGAUCCGACUUCGGCCACUGUAGACCCUUCAAACUCGGAGGAUAAUCCUGAGCAUGUCACACAAGAAAUCAGACAAUUACACGGUCGAAAGAAGCAGAAAACAAAAGAAAACACUGAAGAUAAUAAGUUCAUCGCAUUUCUUAAUAAAUCUAAAAGGGAAAAAUGUGAGAUAGGGAAUCAAGACGAAGACAAGCUUUUUCUCUUGUCAUUAGUUGGAACAUUAAAAAAAGUUCCACCAAACAGAAAAAUGGCAACAAAAAUUAAAAUUAUGACAAUUCUCAAUGAAGAAACCUGCAAUGAACAAACUCAGAAUACUCGUGAUUAUUGGUCAUCACCACCACCAGAUCGGCCAUCUUGAAGCUAUAAUCGUGAGUAUUCCACCAGUCGCAGGUUUCUAUUAUGCUGACUCUCCGAAUGCACUGACAGCCAUUUCAGAUGAUUCUUCUAUUAUAGACAUAUGGUUAAUAAUAUUCUACUACAGUACUAAUAUGUUAUUAUAUUUAAGUUUAAUGUUAAAAAAUUUUAAUUACAAUAAACAGCUUGCUUACCUUAAUGUCACAAAUAGUUUUUCUUCUGGACUUAUGGAUUUUCUCAGUAUAGUAUCUUGUUUUGUUAGCUCAUUCCUACAUAGUACAUAAGCUCAAUAAUUCAUCAAAUGACAUUCUCACGUAGUUAAAAAACUUUGUAGGAUAUUUUCACAAAUCUUCGAUUAGAAAAAACACCACUCCGGCUUCGGUCUGAUACAAAAGGAUGGACCCAAAGUUUCUUAGGUUUCUUUCUCUCUUUGCGACGCACGUACCAAUAAAUAAGUGCGAUUUCUUCUAUUGACAACGCGUCCAUUUUCUACAAGCCGAGAGAACUGACUGGCCAGAAAAUGGCUGCUAUUGGCUACUCCAUUUGGCAUCCUAAGGAAGCCAGAGGUAGCCAUGGCCAGCGACGUCGCCAACUAGUUCUUAUUGAGAUGUAUGCCGGCUAACUCACUUGGCGACCGACUGGCUACGUUGCCAAGUAGCCAUAGUAUUACAGCGCUAAAUCGCAUUAAGAUACAAUUUUCACGGGACCGAACCGUCGCACUAAUAAUAUGAUGUACCUACAUUUAGUUUCAACAUAUUGACGUCCGUCGUAGUUUUCUACAAUGCCAUUCCCAUAUAUAUAAUAGAAACCACAUGAAAAAGAUGUUACAGUGUUUGUAGCUCAAAUAUUCUUUGUCAAAAUCAAGUUUCUUAGUUUGGAAAGUGUAGAUACAAAAAGUCUAGCAAAGCUAUCAAAGUUGAAUUUUUAUUUAAUUAAUAGACUUUAAGUAAAAAU